AUGUCAGGGAAAGUACACGGAGGUAAAGGGAAAUCAAGCGGAACUGAAGGUUCCAACUUAAGAUCUCAAUCAUCUUCAGCAAAAGCUGGUUUACAAUUCCCAGUGGGUAGAAUUAAACGUUAUUUGAAAAGAAAUGCAAGUGGGAAAAUUAGAGUAGGUUCCAAAGCUGCCAUUUAUUUGACUGCAGUAUUAGAAUAUUUGACCGCUGAAGUACUAGAAUUAGCAGGAAAUGCUGCAAAGGAUUUGAAAGUUAAAAGAAUUACUCCAAGACAUUUACAAUUGGCCAUUAGAGGAGAUGAUGAAUUGGAUUCAUUAAUUAGAGCUACCAUCUCAUCAGGUGGUGUCUUACCUCAUAUAAAUAAAGCUCUAUUACUGAAAAUUGAGAAGAAAAAAUUAAAGAAAUAA